AAGGGAGGGGGCGACGAAACUAGAGGCAGAAAGAGUUCCUUUACAACGGGUGCAGCUUUUCAGAUGCCCAGCAUCGCCAUUGCCAUGUAAUUAAACGCUGCUUCAGCUUUUAUUCAAGCGAUCGAUCGAUGCGCGGAAUCGUUUAUUUUUUAGGUGGAACCUUUCAGUGCCGACUUACAUUUCCAUACGGACGAUUGUGACACCGGGACCGUAAAUACACAGUCAUAGCUGCUUCCUCUGUCUGUCACAGGGGGAAACGAUGGGGAUUUAAUAAAGAGCAUCACAGUUUCAAUGAAACACUCCCGUCCUCUCGAUCGCAGUGAACUCAGAGUCGUCGCGUUCGUGGGAGCCGGUGUCAGAGGGUGAAGAACGGCGCCAAUGGAGUCGUGUCGGCGGACGGGACUGAACGGGCUCCUGUGCUCCCUGUCUCUGCUGUGUGUCAUCCUGGACAUCCAGCUGGACGGUGUCUUAGGGGCAACUCAUGUCGAGAUCGAGCACCACUUGGAGAUGGGCCGCAAACUUCUGGCGGCUGGUCAGCUGGCCGAAGCCCUGUCGCACUACCACUCUGCUGUGGAGGGAGAUUCUAAGAACUACCUGACGUACUACAAGCGGGCUGCGGUCUUCCUCGCUAUGGGAAAGUCCAAAUCGGCUCUGCCAGAUCUGACCAGAGCGAUCCAGCUCAAGCCUGACUUCCUUGCUGCACGGUUGCAGAGAGGGAAUAUUCUUUUGAAGCAGGGCAAAACUCAGGAGGCAAGGGAGGACUUUGAAGCAGUGCUGCAGCGCUCUCCGGACCAUGAAGAAGCCAGCAACCAGCUCACGAAAGCAAACGAGCUGGAGGAGCUGCAGGAGGAGGCCCAAGCUUCCUACCACCAAGGGGACUACAGCACUACCAUCAAUGUGCUGGAGCGAGUUAUAGAGAUCUCUCCGUGGGAUCCCGAGUCGCGGGAGCUUCGUGCGGAAUGCUACAUCCGAAUGGGAGAUCCGCAGAAAGCCAUCCAGGAUCUGACACCUGCCACGAGGCUGCGCAACGACAACCGCGCCACCUUCCUGAAGCUCAGCACGCUGCACUACAGCCUGGGAGAACACCACGAGUCGCUCAAUCACAUUAGGGAGUGUCUCAAGCUCGACCAGGAUGACAAGGAGUGUUUCAGCCACUACAAGCAGGUGAAAAAGCUCAGCAAGCAGCUGGACUCUGCAGAGGAACUCAUUCAGUCAGAGAGGUAUCAGGAAGCAAUUGAAAAGUAUGAAUCAGUAAUGAAGACUGAGCCGAAUGUCCUGUUCUACACAAACCUGGCCAAAGAGAGGAUCUGUUUCUGCCUCGUCAAGGUAAGGUCUGCUCAGGAGGCGAUAGACGUGUGCUCAGAGGCUCAUCAGAGAGACCCUCGAAACGCCAACAUCCUCCGAGACCGAGCGGAGGCGCACAUCCUCAACCAGGACUAUGAGAAAGCUGUGGCAGACUACCAGGAAGCGAGAGAGUUCGAUGGCGACAGCCACGACAUCAGAGAAGGACUGGAACGGGCCCAGAAGCUGCUGAAAAUCUCUCGUAAGAGGGAUUAUUAUAAGAUCCUGGGCGUCAGCAGGAGUGCCAACAAGCAGGAGAUCAUCAAGGCGUACAGGAAGCUGGCACAGCAGUGGCAUCCCGACAACUUCCAGUCCGAGGCGGAGAAGAAAGAAGCGGAAAAGAAGUUUAUAGAUAUCGCGUCGGCUAAAGAGGUCCUGACCGACCCAGAAAUGAGGCAGAAGUUCGACGCAGGCGAGGAUCCCCUGGACCCAGAGAACCAGCAGGGCGGGGGUGGGGGGCAGCAGGGCUGGCCUUUCCACUUCAACCCCUUCGAUUCUGGCGGCAGCUUCCACUUCAAGUUCCAGUACAACUAGAGGGCGACUCUGACAAACACGGAGGGAGACACGGACGUUUUCGCAUGGAUUGAUGGAAGAGUCUUGUUCGGAUCUUGUGUCAGCCUGGACACAGUUCUGUGGGUUACUUGAUCUUUACAUUUUUAAUACUUUGCCUGGACAGCGGCGUAGAGUGAGAACAAUCUGGACUUACCUGGACCUGGCAGCAGCCAAUACUGCACUGACUUUGGCUGGAGGACGUGAAGCCUCUAUAUUCCAGCUCUUAAGAGUAGAGGGUUUAUGGUUGAAAUCAGUCGUUACGGGACUUUGACUUUUCUGGGAUCUGUUCUUAGUACUCAUCUUUUUGUGCCAUGCGUUUUUCUUUAACUCUGUACAGAGGGACUCCAUUUUCUACAUGCAGUAGCUCCUGCUCAGACAUUACACAGAAAGACUGUCAGUCUGUUAGUUUUGCGCUCAAAGUGUUCUUUACAGGAAUGACACCUCACUGAGCCCACUCUAAAUGUAUGGCCCUGCCAAAGCAUCUCUCCACCACAGACCCAAGACUUUUGUAUUUAAUAACGUAAACCAUAGCUGACAGCUGAUCAGGACCAGAAGUGUUUCUCCUUUCACUCCUUUUCAAAGCACGCGUUUGGAAACUUGCACUUUUACCCUCUGUUUGAAAAACCACUCCUGAAAUGUUACUGCAGGCUUUUUAAAAAGUCUUCAAUAACCAUCUGAGAGCCUCAUUCAUAAGAGCUGCAUGUGCUGAAUGUUAGACUAAGUUGGAAAAUAUAUAAUUCAUAAACUGUUCAAUGAGUCACAAAGACAAAUGCCAAUUUAACCAAUAGGUGACUCAUAAGAGUCCAGUUUGUAAAUGAGGCUCCACUAUUAUGACUUUAAACUAACAUUUUUUUUAGUACAAAUUUAAGUUAUUUUCUCGAUGGCGGCUUAAGGAAACAGUGGCGGUGUUUGCUUUCACUCCUGUCUAAGGCUCCACUGUGUGAACCAAAUGUGACGGGUUCUUUAUAUUUAAGUUGAAUGAGUCAGACCAUUUGCUUUGUGGGUUUCUUUUCUGUUAGAGGCAUAUACUUUUGUGUUGCCAAACUGAAGCUGACAUGCUCAAGUGUAUUAAAUAUUUAAACAGUC